CAUGCGUGCUGCCACUUGCCCCUGUCUCAGCUCGCUUACAAUACUGUACAGAAAUCUUCAGCCUCACAUCAGCCCUCAAUGACCAUCCUCUCUCCCAAAGAUGAUGAACAAUUCAUCCUUCACCUCAUCUCCCCAAGCCAUACAUCACGCUAUCCCAAAACAAACAUGACACCUCCCAACAAAGACCCCCCACAUAAACGAACCUAUUUCUGCACCCUAGCAAUCAUCAGCCUGGACAGCGCAGGCAGCAAACACACCUCAACCCCCCUCCCACCCCACCAAAACCCCAUCGCCCUAGGAGCAACAGCCCGCUGUUUCAUCCAAUUAUCAGCCCUCUCAAUCUCCGCGGCAGCUGGGGAGGACGGCUUAAGGGAUCAGGGCGUUUGUCUAGAUCAUAUGCUUAAACAAAGUGAUGCGGUAGCGAUUGUUUGUGAUACGGGGGAUGGGUUGGGCUGGAAGUUUGCGAGGGAAGUUUAUUUUUAUAUUGUGGAGAGUGUUAAUUUUGGGGGGACGGGGGAGGAGUUGGUUGUUUUUCUUGUGGGGAGGGAUGGUGGCGGGGAUCCUUUUGCUGAUCCUGAAGAGGAUGGAUUUGAAGGGGUGGAAAAGGAGGUUGGGAGAGCGGAGGGUGAGGAGUUUGCGAGGGAGGUUGGGGUGCGGUUUUUGGAGUGUGGUGGAGAUGGCAAUGAGGUUGUGGAAGAAAUUGUUAGGGUCAUUGUGGGGAUAAAAGGGGAGAGGGAGGGUGAUGAGGGUGAUGAGGAAGAGAAGGUUGAUGUUGAGGAGAUUUCGGGAAGGAGAUGGUGGAGGAAGAUAAUUACGGGAUGUGGAAGAGGAGAGUGAUGCUUUUAGGAUUUUUUUAUUUACUAUCGACAUGCUAUCCAUACACGUAUUCUAUACAACUUAGACCAUGACACAUACAAG